GGGAAAAAAAAGGUCGCUCCAAAAAAACCGGGACAGUGCGGCUUCUUUAGUUUUGCCGGCUCUGCCGCAACUAAACGGAGAGCAGCUGCACUGCCCUGCUCUCUGCUUUCAUUUCAUAUUCCUUUAUUUAGUCCCUCUCUCUCUCUUUUCAUUUCCAGCCUCGUCACCUUUUUAUGGCCCGAGGAGCAACUUGUUCCACAGAGCCGUGGCAACUUUUUUGACUAUUCCGCUGCCUUGUCCUCGGCUUUCAGCCCAGGGCGGUGAAAAUCCCAAACGGGCUUUUCUUUCUUUUUCUUUUUAAUCUCACGCGUUUUAAUUCUUUUUUCCCUUUAGACCUUCUUUUCUCUGUUUUCCUUUUCUUUCGUCCCGAAAGCUUGGCUUCAGCUCCUGAGGAGAGUGCGCAGUCAUGGGGUAUGGGCGGUCAGACAGCUACCGCGUGGCUACCACGCAGGACAAAGAUGAUAAGAGCUCCCCCAACAAGAAGAAGAAAGGGACAAAGGAUCUGGAUGAUCUGAAGAAGGAAGUUCCUUUGACAGAACACAAGAUGUCCGUAGAAGAAGUAUGCCGGAAAUUCCAGACGGAUAUAGUUCAGGGUCUGACUAAUGCAAAGGCAGCAGAGUUUCUGCAACGAGAUGGCCCGAACGCUCUGACCCCUCCCCCUACUACUCCAGAGUGGGUGAAGUUCUGCAGACAGCUCUUCGGGGGCUUCUCCAUCCUGCUGUGGAUCGGUGCCAUCCUCUGCUUCUUGGCCUACGCCAUCCAGGCCGCCACUGAGGACGAACCGGCUGGGGACAAUCUGUACCUGGGUAUCGUGCUGUCGGCCGUGGUCAUCAUCACCGGCUGCUUCUCGUACUUUCAGGAGGCCAAGAGCUCAAAGAUCAUGGAGUCCUUCAAGAACAUGGUGCCUCAGCAAGCUUUGGUGAUCCGUGAAGGAGAGAAGAUGCAGAUUAAUGCGGAGGAAGUGGUGGCAGGAGAUCUUGUGGAGGUGAAAGGAGGAGACAGGAUUCCUGCUGACCUUCGGAUCAUCUCCUCGCAUGGCUGCAAGGUGGAUAACUCUUCUCUGACUGGCGAAUCAGAGCCACAGACACGAUCGCCCGACUGCACCCACGACAACCCGUUGGAAACCCGCAAUAUUGCCUUCUUCUCCACCAACUGUGUAGAGGGAACUGCACGUGGUAUUGUUGUAUGCACUGGUGACCGUACAGUGAUGGGCCGCAUUGCCACUCUGACCUCCGGCCUGGAGACGGGGAAGACACCCAUCGCCAAGGAGAUUGAGCACUUCAUCCAUAUCAUUACCGGCGUGGCCGUCUUUCUGGGAGUCUCCUUCUUCAUUCUGUCCAUCAUCCUGGGCUAUUCCUGGCUUGAGGCCGUCAUCUUCCUCAUCGGCAUUAUCGUGGCUAAUGUGCCUGAGGGACUGCUAGCUACUGUCACUGUGUGUUUGACUCUCACAGCGAAGCGCAUGGCUCGGAAGAACUGUCUGGUAAAGAACCUGGAGGCUGUAGAGACCCUGGGCUCUACUUCUACCAUCUGCUCGGACAAGACCGGAACUCUCACGCAGAACCGUAUGACCGUGGCCCACAUGUGGUUUGACAACCAGAUUCAUGAGGCUGACACCACCGAGGAUCAGUCCGGUGCAUCGUUCGAUAAGACAUCAGUGACGUGGGUGUCUCUGGCUCGUGUGGCGUCCCUGUGUAACAGGGCAGUGUUUAAGGCAGGCCAAGAUUCUCUGCCUAUCUUGAAGAGGGACGUGGCCGGUGAUGCCUCAGAGUCCGCUCUGCUGAAGUGUAUUGAGCUGUCCUGCGGCUCAGUGAAACACAUGAGGGAGAAGAACAAGAAAGUAGCCGAGAUCCCAUUCAACUCCACCAACAAAUACCAGCUGUCUAUCCAUGAGACGGAGGACCCCAAUGAUAACCGCUAUCUGCUCGUGAUGAAGGGUGCGCCAGAGCGCAUCCUGGACCGCUGCUCCACCAUCAUGAUACAGGGCAAAGAGCAACCCAUGGACGAGGAGAUGAAGGAGGCCUUCCAGAAUGCCUACCUGGAGCUGGGAGGAUUGGGAGAGAGAGUGCUGGGAUUCUGCCACCUCCUUAUGCCCGAAGAUCAGUACCCCAAAGGUUUUGCCUUCGACACAGAUGACGUCAAUUUCCAGACAGAUAGCAUGUGCUUCGUGGGCCUGAUGUCCAUGAUUGACCCACCCCGUGCCGCCGUGCCCGAUGCAGUGGGGAAAUGCCGCUCAGCCGGUAUUAAAGUCAUCAUGGUGACUGGAGACCAUCCCAUCACCGCCAAGGCCAUUGCUAAGGGUGUAGGCAUCAUCUCUGAAGGCAACGAGACAGUGGAGGACAUCGCUGCCCGCCUAAAUAUCCCAGUCAGCCAGGUCAACCCAAGAGAUGCCAAAGCUUGUGUAAUCCAUGGAACAGAACUGAAGGACAUGUCUCAGGACCAAAUCGAUGAGAUUUUGCGAAACCACACAGAAAUUGUCUUUGCCAGGACUUCUCCCCAGCAAAAACUCAUUAUUGUAGAGGGCUGCCAGCGACAGGGGGCUAUUGUUGCUGUAACCGGUGAUGGUGUGAAUGACUCCCCCGCUCUGAAGAAGGCCGAUAUCGGUGUUGCCAUGGGGAUCGCUGGGUCCGACGUGUCCAAGCAGGCUGCAGACAUGAUCCUGCUGGACGACAACUUUGCCUCCAUUGUUACUGGAGUAGAAGAAGGUCGCCUGAUCUUUGAUAACUUGAAGAAAUCCAUUGCCUAUACUCUGACCAGCAACAUCCCAGAGAUCACUCCCUUCCUGCUGUUUAUCAUCGUCAACAUUCCACUACCUCUGGGCACCAUCACCAUCCUUUGCAUUGACCUGGGCACAGACAUGGUUCCAGCUAUCUCUCUGGCUUACGAGGCAGCUGAGAGUGACAUCAUGAAGAGGCAGCCCAGAAACCCAAUGAGGGACAAACUGGUCAACGAGCGUCUCAUCAGCAUUGCUUAUGGACAGAUUGGUAUGAUCCAGGCUUUGGGUGGCUUCUUCAGUUACUUUGUGAUUUUGGCUGAGAACGGCUUCCUUCCCUCUAUUCUGGUGGGCAUCAGACUCAGCUGGGAUGACCGUAGCAUCAAUGACCUCGAAGACAGCUAUGGACAGCAGUGGACAUAUGAGCAGAGGAAGAUUGUCGAGUUCACAUGCCACACAGCUUUCUUUGUCAGUAUUGUGGUUGUGCAGUGGGCCGAUCUCAUCAUUUGCAAGACCAGACGCAACUCUGUGUUCCAGCAGGGCAUGAAGAAUAAGAUUCUGAUCUUCGGCCUGUUUGAGGAGACGGCUCUGGCUGCUUUAUUGUCCUACUGCCCAGGCAUGGAUGUAGCCCUCAGGAUGUACCCACUAAAACCUUCCUGGUGGUUCUGUGCGUUCCCAUACAGCUUCUUAAUUUUUGUGUAUGAUGAGAUCCGAAAGCUUCUCCUGCGCCGAAACCCUGGAGGUUGGGUGGAAAAGGAGACAUACUAUUGAUUGAUGAAUUCCUUCUUUACUCACGCCCCUACAUCUUCCAUUUUUCUUCUACUCCUCACCCCUCCGUCCCUGUUGAAGACGCACAACCACACGCUGUAUACCUCCCCAUUCAGAGAGACAGCAGCUUAGAGCCAACACCAUGUCUGCCCCAAAGAGAAAAGAAAAAACACCUUUCAGACUCUAAACCAACCCCCCCAAACCGCCCUAUAAUACUCUUUGCAUGUCUUUUCACUCGGGUGUGUAUAUAAAGUCUAUUAUAUAUUUACCAAUGGCAGCUGCAUAAUCGUUAUGUAGAUCCGAGAGGAGCUUUUGACGCUGUAUUGGAGCGAACGUACAUGCGAGUGCGUGUGUGUUUGAGUGUGUGUAUGCUCGGCUAACCGAGGGCCAGCCCUCCGCUUCUUCCUCACACCACCCCCCUCUUCCUCCUCUUCCUCCUCCAUGCCUUUCUACUCCUUCCCUUCUACUCACUCCAUCACUCCGCCUGUCCUCCAGUCGCACACGGGUACACGGAUCACAUGACUUGCGGCAGACUCUGGUUAAGACCCUGAGAGAAGACAUUUUCGCACGUUCCUUUUCCUUUCCUCAUCUUUUUGCGUUCUACUUUGACUGAUUUUUUUUAAAAGUAUAUAUUGAAAACAGAGGGAAGCAUGUUGACUCUUUCCACGUCAAAACAUACCCUUCUCCCCUCCGCACCACCUUCCGUCUAUCUUUGUGUUUUCUGCUAUAGUAACCCCCCCCCCCCCCCCCCCGUCUUUCAGGUACAACCUCAUACUGUCAGUUUUAGAAUAAAACAUGUAUUAAAUAUCAUUUUAAUCAAAUGUAAAAUCAUGGAAAACAAAAGCACUAAGGAAGCAGAACGGUUCUUAUGUGAUGGGCUGUUAUGAGUGAAGCGUAAGGCAAAAAAAAAAAGGUGCAGGGACUCGUUGACUAUCAGGUAUUGAGUAGAGAAUCAGCGCGUACUUGACUGUGUUUCUGGUUCUACUGCCAUUAUGCAUCCAUGCACACCAGGUUCCGCUUUUUAUGUGUGUCUGUCACGUCGUUACAUAUCAGCCGACUGAUUUAACAUUAUCUGACACAUCAGUUGCCCAUCACGACACUUUUCCUUCUUUUUAAGAAGAAUAGAAGGUCUUUCAGCAAACCCGCGCCGACUAUUACUGCAACCAAUGAGCAAGGCUAAAUCAAAGCAAGGAACCUGGUGUGUGGGGGCCUCUACUGUGGGUUUUAUCAGGAAACGAGUGUGUGUUCUGGUGUGGGGAGCCGCCCCAGGUCUUGUGCUGCACGUGUGUGUGAGUGUGUGUAUGGUUGUGUGUGUGUGUGUGUGUGUGUGUGUAUGGUGGGGGACAGCGCGCUGUAGCAGUCCGCCUCAGGCUGCGUCCAUCUCAGAGAGGUGUGGGGGGUGAGACUAAAGAAAGAAAAGAAAAUACUAAUAUGAUAAUAAAUUGUAGAAGUGUUUGAAAGCAAUGAAACCAACACCAAUAAAACAUCUAGAACAUUUAAUACAACCGA